GACCCCGGGCCCCGGCCCCGCCUGCUGCUCCUAUCCCCACCUGGUGCGCGCCUCUCGGGGGUCGACCCCGAAGAGGUCCCGACGCCUUCGUUCGGGGUGGACCCAGCAGGUUUUCUAUCAGAUGUUCCACUGUAAUAAUGCUGGAGUUAAGCGGUUUCCAUUUCUGUGCUCCAAAUCAGAAGACUUUUUUCCCUGCAUACAGUAUAGGAGAAAUGUUUAAAAACAAUUGGCAACUGACUGGUGUUUAAAACUGAAGAUUGUCAUGACUGUUUAACCUAAACUCUAUGCUGAAGUAGGAUUAAUUGUAUUGGAAAUACUAAUUUGGGGUAACCCAAAUCUAUUUCUGGAACCAUGAAAAUUUUGUUGGUGUUUGACUUUGACAAUACAAUCAUAGAUGACAAUAGUGACACCUGGAUUGUGCAGUGUGCUCCAGACAAAAAACUUCCUAUUGAACUACAAGAUUCUUAUCAAAAAGGAUUUUGGACAGAAUUUAUGGGCAGAGUCUUUAAAUACUUGGGAGAUGAAGGUGUAAGAGAAAAUGAAAUGAAAACAACAAUGACAUCAAUACCUUUCACUCCAGGGAUGGUGGAACUUUUCAACUUUAUAAGAAAGAAUAAGGAUAAAUUUGACUGCAUCAUUAUUUCAGAUUCAAAUUCAGUCUUCAUAGACUGGGUUUUAGAAGCUGCCAAUUUUCAUGAUAUAUUUGCUAAAGUGUUUACAAAUCCAGCAGCUUUUGAUAGCAAUGGUCAUCUCACUGUGGAAAAUUAUCAUGCUCAUUCUUGUAAUAGGUGCCCAAAGAAUCUUUGCAAAAAUGUAGUUUUGGUAGAAUUUGUAGAAAAACAGUUACAACAGGGAGUGAAUUAUACACAAAUUGUGUAUAUAGGUGAUGGUGGGAAUGAUGUCUGUCCAGUAACCUUUUUAAAGAAGAAUGAUGUUGCCAUGCCACGGAAAGGAUAUACUUUACAGAAAACUCUUUCCAGAAUGUCUCAAAAUCUUGAAUCUAUGGAAUCUUCUAUUGUGGUUUGGUCUUCAGGUGUUGAAAUAAUUUCUCAUUUACAAUUUCUAAUAAAGGAGUAAUAUACCAACAA